AUGCAACAACUACUAUCUCAAGUGAUAAAGAAAGAAACUACAACUAAACGAAGUAUUGAUAAAAGCAGCCAAAAGAUGCAAAAAGUACUAGAAGAGCUUAAGGAAGAAUCAAGACUGAAAAUUAGUUGGGAAAAUAUUAAAGAAGUAGCAGUUGCAGAAUUAGAAGAGAUCAAAACAGAAAUGCAUACAAGCUGGAGAAUACCUAAGCAAAACAAUAAAAAGAAGCAUUUAGAAAAGUUGCGAACUGAGAAAAAAAAAGUGUUUGCGAGUAACUCUAAAACUCUGUUGAAGAAGUCCUAUAAUACUGGCCUAAUGCUAGAAAAAAUAGUACAGAAGGAACAAGAAGAGCAAGAAAGAUUGACAAAAGACAGAGAAGCAAGAAGAGCAGAAUUGUUAUGA